AUGGCAGAGUCGAGCGCGGCACGCGAAGAGCCCGUGACCGAGCAGGUCACUGACAAUGCGUUGGCCCAGCGAGUCCUGCGCAAGAUCGACCGGCGAUUAGUGCCGUUGCUCUUCGUGACAUACAUGCUCAAUUUUAUGGACAAGACCAUUCUGUCGAGUGCUUCCGUCUUUGGCCUUUCCGAUGACACUGGUCUGGUUGGCCAGCAGUACAGCUGGGUUUCAUCCGUCUUCUAUUUUGGCUACCUGGGAUGGGCCUAUCCGACCACGCUGCUCAUUGCCCGUCUCCCAGCAGCCAAAUACUUGACAGCCAACACCUUUUUUUGGGGGACAGUCGUCGCUCUCACGGCAGCAUGUACCAAUUUCGGAGGCCUAGUGACUUUACGAUUGCUGCUGGGAGUAGCGGAGGCUACGAUUACCCCGGCAUUCAUGUUCAUCACCUCGACUUGGUAUACUCGCGAUGAAAUUCCGACCAGAACGGGUUUUUGGUUCGCAGGCAACAGUGUCGGCGGAAUCGUGGCCAGCCUUAUUGCCUAUGGGUUCGGGCAUGUAGAUGAUCAUGUCGGACCGUGGCGAUGGAUGUUUAUUCUGCUUGGCAUUCUCACGUUUCUGUGGGGCAUCGCCAUCUGGACUUUUCUGCCGGACUCAAUCUCCAAGGCCCGUUUCUUGUCUGAGGAGGAGCGUCAAUAUGCCGGAAACAGAGUUGUCGUUGCGGGAACUGGAGUGACUGAACACACUACGUGGAAGUGGAAUCAAGUCGUGGAGUGUCUGAUGGAUCCCAAGUCCUGGCUGAUCUUCGGCCUCGAGUUGUUGACUCAAAUUCCGAAUGGAGGCACACAGAACUUCGCCAACCUGGUGAUUGUGUCAUUCGGAUUUACUAGCUUACAGUCUACCCUCAUCACCAUCCCGUACUCAAUCAUCACGGUAGCCGCCAUCACCGGAAGCGGAUGGCUGGCGGGUCGUUUUCGUCAGCUAAACUGUCUGCUCAUCGUGGCUGUCGUGCUCCCUUGUGUCGUGGGCAGUGCCAUCAUCUACUCCCGGGCCCACAUUGCUCUUGGGGUUCAACUGUUCGGAUAUUUUUUGCUCUCGACGGGCCCUGCAGCCAUGCCACUCGCCAUGUCUCUCGUGCAGGCCAACUACCGCGGAGUGACGAAGAAGAUGACCAUGACAGCAAUGCUGUUCCUUGCAUACUGCGCUGGCAAUAUUGCCGGUCCCCAAUUUUUCCUCAGCAGUGAAGCUCCAACAUACAAUACCGCCUUCCGCACCAUCAUGAUCUGCUAUGCUCUGGCUGUCAUGUUAGCUCUCUGUCUUCGGGUAUACCUGCAAUGGACAAAUACACGCCGCAGCCGAGAAGAAGGGUUUGAGGGAAGCGCUGGUAAUGCAGGUGCUGUUGGCGGUGGCAAAGUGUCGGAUGUCGAUCAGAGAUCCAAUACUGUGGUGGAUAUGGUAAACCAAGUGAGACUUGUAUCAGCAGACUAUGAGGAUAUUACCGACUGGAAAACGCCAGGCUUUCGAUAUCGUUAUUAG